ACAUCGACUUUCCUGCGAUUGGUCCGUCCUGCUCUGCGCUGAGAAAAGUAACACGUGACACGUGACCGCGCGGUCUCGGCGCAGUUUCUGCGAUUAUAAUCAUUUGAACCUGAAUAAUGCUGCUGGUUAAUAGAUUACAAUAGCGAUACUGGUGAUAAACAUUGUGUAGAAAAUGCAAGGUAGGUAAAUAUAAGAGUUAUUACUUAGACUCAAAGUUCUGUCCAAUCAGAGGCAGCGUCCUGACAUAUAAGCCCCGCCCACACUGAACUAUCGUAUCUGGAUUGCACGCGUAUUUAGCCAAACAUAAACUGUAAUUUAGCACAAAACGACUGGGUUGUUCUUUAACCCGCCUUCGUAUUCUGAGAGUAGAGUCAGUUACGUCGUGUGUUUUUAAUGCGCCAGCUGUAGGGUUAGUUAUUGCCGUGGCAGUGGCUGCAAUGGGCUCAAAGUUCAGUCUGUGAGAGUAACGUUAGUUGAGUUCGGCAGGCUGUCGAUGCGUCUGCUUGCUGCACUGAGACCGCUGCACGCUUUGAGAUCGAAGGCAGUGCGAGGACAGAUCAGGAUGUCGUCAUCGUCAUCACUUCCUGUGGCGGCUGUUUGUCAGAUGACCGCCACCCCUGACAAAGAGGCCAACUUCAGCGCUUGCAUGCGAUUGGUGGAGCAGGCCAAAGAGGGCGGGGCCUGUAUGGUGUUCCUGCCGGAGGGCUUGGAUUACAUCGGCUCGAACCGCGAGGAGACGCUGCAGCUGUCCGAGAGUCUGGACGGGGACAUCAUCAGCCGUUACUCACACCUGGCCAGGAAGCUGGACCUGUGGCUGUCUCUGGGUGGGUUUCAUGAGAGAGGACACGACUGGAAAACAGACCGGCGCAUUUAUAACAGCCAUAUUAUCAUCAAUGGACAAGGUGAGCUGGUGUCUGUGUACAGGAAGGCUCAUUUGUUUGAUGUGGAGCUGACGAGUAAAGCAGUGUCUCUGAAAGAAAGCGCUUUCACCGUCCCCGGACCUCGACUGGUGCCUCCCGUCCAGACGCCCAUCGGAAAGGUUGGUCUUGGCGUCUGCUAUGAUCUGCGUUUUCCUGAGCUGUCAGCAGCGCUGCGGAGACACGGAGCAGAGAUCCUGACUUACCCAUCAGCCUUCACUGUGGCCACAGGAGCGGCACACUGGGAGGUGCUGCUGCGGGCGCGGGCCAUCGAGACGCAGUGUUUCGUUCUGGCGGCGGCGCAGGUCGGGGCUCAUCACGCGAAGCGGACGUCGUUCGGACACGCGCUGGCUGUGGACCCGUGGGGUGAGGUGACCGGGGACUGUGGGGGUUCAGAUGUGGGUUUAACACUGGUGCAGAUUGACCUGCAGAGACUACGGGACAUCCGGAGGGACAUGCCAGUGCAGCAGCACCGCAGAGACCAGGACUUCUACUGCAGCCUGGACUGAUCCAUUACUACACAUUUUUAAAUGAAAUAUGUGACCCUGGAGCACAAAAGCAGUCUUAAGUCGCUGCGGU